CAUUGAUAGCCGAAUUUUUUCUCCAACCUAACCUCACUCACUCUCCGCUGCGGCAAGUUGCAAACAACAACGUAGUCCUUUCGUCAAUCUGUGUGCUACGAAAUGUCGUCUCUGAGGAAUGCCAUUCCCAGGAGGGCUCACAAAGAGCGUGCUCAACCGUCCUCGAGGAAAAAAUUUGGAUUUCUUGAAAAGCACAAAGACUAUGUUCAGCGUGCAAAAGCAUUCCACCAGAAAGAGGAUGCUUUAAGGAGACUAAGGGAAAAAGCAGCAAAUAGAAACCAAGAUGAGUUUUACUUUAAAAUGUUCAGAGCAAAAACCGUUGAUGGAGUUCAUAGACCAGAGAGUGAAGCAAACAAGUACACCCAAGAAGAACUUAUGCUCAUGAAGACCCAGGAUAUAGGAUAUGUUCUUCAAAAGGCUCAAAGUGAGAGAAAGAAAAUUGAGAAACUAACUGCCACGCUGCACUCUAUUGAUGAUCAGCGCUCAAACAGGCAUAUUUUCUUUGCUGAGGACAGGGAAGAGGCUAAAGAGUUACAAUCACAAUAUCCAAGAAGUCAAAUUCCACUUACUUCUGACGAUAUUCCUGAUAACAUUAAGAGGAAAAUUGAUCGUUCUUACAGAGAGUUGGAAGCAAGGAAGAAUAGACUCAACCAGCUAGAGAAAAUCUACAUGGAUAUGGCAAUGCAGAAGGAGUUGCAGAAAAAGGGCAAGAAGCGCAAACUACGGGAGGAUGAGAUAGUCUGUCCAACUACUAAACCAGUAUACAAGUGGCGUGCUGAAAGAAAACGUUGAAAGACUUAAUAAAUAAUACUUUGAGCUGCUUUUUUUAUUCUUUUUGUUAUUUACUAUUUAGCAUAACAAUUAAAUACUUCAGGGUUGAGAAUGUAGGUGGAGAAUUUACAUGUCUUACAUGAAGCAAGUGGGAUCACUACUGAUGCCAAUAUCUGUAGCUUUCUUUUUGGGAAUUAUAUUGAUCAUGUAACCAUUUUAUUCUCUCCGUUGAGUAUCCUUUCCAAUUCUUUCGAUGUUCUGCAACUAGACUUUGCAGAGUUUUACAGGUAAAUUGAAUUCAAGUUCAUAU